AUGAAGUUCAGAAUAAUUGCACUUAAUUGUGCCAUCUUGGUCAUAUGCCUUUCCUUUUUGCAGAUGAGCAAUGGACAGGACUCAACCACAGUCGCAUCCACUGACACAACAACGACGGCGGCUGCAUCCACUGACACUACCACAGCGGCCGCAUCAACCGAUACCACCACAACAGCCGCAUCCACCGAUACCACCACCGCCGCCACCGCCACCACCACAGCCGCAUCCUCAUCCUCAUCAUGCGGUGGCAAGAAGAAGAGGAGGAAGCACAAGUGGAAGGUAGUGAGACGCCCUGGCAAGAAGAUCAUCAAGAGGCACCGCACAGGCGGCAAAAAAGGAAGUUUUGGAAAGAGUAGUAGCAGCAGUGGAAGCAGUGGUAACAGUGCAAAGAGUGGACGCAGUGAGUAUCAUUCACCAAUUGAUCUGUGCAAGAUGAAGUUCAAAAUAAUUGCACUUAACUGUGCCCUCUUGGUUGUAUGCCUUUCCUUCUUGCCGAUGAGCAAUGGACAGGACUCAACCACAGUAGCAUCCACUGACACAACAACGACGGCGGCUACAUCCACUGACACUACCACAGCGGCCGCAUCAACCGAUACCACCACAACAGCCGCAUCCACUGAUACCACCACCACCGCCACCGCCACCACCACAGCCGCAUCCUCAUCAUGCGGUGGCAAGAAGAAGAGGAGGAAGCACAAGUGGAAGGUAGUGAGACACCCUGGCAAGAAGAUCAUCAAAAGACACCGCAAAGAAAGCAAAUGGGACCUCAAGGGUUAA